AUGCCUACAGUAGCGCUCACACUCAAAACAGCACAAUCGGACUUCCGGGACAUCCAGAUCUGUAGUCCCGAAGAUGCUCCAUAUCUCCGAGCGCCUGCUCAUCUUGUUUUUGUCGCGUUGGUGAACUACAAGCUCAUCCCGCUCUACUUGGUCUCAAAUGGGCCAUACCCAGUCUACUCUGACGAUAAUGACACAGAGGCGUUUUUCAUACGGUCGUUAGUAUGCCAGAAUAUGAAUGUCGGUCUACUCGCGAAAUGUCCGGAGCUGGACGGAGACCUGUUUGUGGUGUUCUAUGUGGAUGAACUGUCCAGCGGAAUUAAAUGUUUCUGCUUGGACUUCUCCAUUAUCGCCCAGGCACUAGAAUUUCGGGAAAUGACCCAGGAUUCAGAAAAUACAUAUUACGUAAGCAGGACGAAAUGGGGCUCGCUACGAUCCGAUACCAGUGUCUUUGACAGAGUCCUUGAGAACAAAAGCUCCAGGAAGUCUUUCACGCAAUCGCCCUCUGAGGCUACUACACACACAAGCCUGCUGCUCACGACCCCCGCACAAAUCUCGCUGGCAAUCAAUAAGAUCAUACUACUGGGUCUCAGGCUUCGCGGUCUUACAGCCAGUGGUCUGUCCUCGGCCAAAGAUAAAAUCGCCAUUCGAGAGAUCCAUCAAAUGACGCGAAAAGCUACUCUUUUCGCAGUGAGGAAAUUUAAAUAUGACUUUAAUGCUGGUGAGACCCACCAUGAACUACUGUUGUCUGUGCUACAAGACAUAGUGGAGUCGCUUCUCCAAGCGUUUGUCGAUAUACCGAAGAAGUAG